AAAAAGAAGAUAUGCCUAGAAAACAUAACUUAAACAAUAAAGAAUUCUUUUUAUUUUUAUUGAAAGCAAGUUGGCAUAAAUAAAGAGAGGAAGAAAAAAAGGUCAAAGUUAUCACUAAAAAAAUUUCAGAUUGUUCAUCUUAUUUGCAAAUCACAGACAAAGAGACAUACAUGGCUAGGAGUUUGCUUGUUUCAGAGGAGAAAUUAGUUCCAAGGAGCAUCCAAGAAAUGUCUAUGGAUGAUGAUGAACCACCAUCACAAUAUUUAGUCAAAGGAAAUAGCUUUGGAUCUAAAGAAGAUUCUUCAACAUUGAUUCCAAUACCUAUCAUUGAUGUAAGUCUCCUUUCAUCACAAAGUGAGCUAGAGAAGCUAAGAUCUGCUCUAAGUUCAGCUGGAUGCUUCCAGGCAAUUGGUCAUGGCAUGUCAACUUCAUAUCUUGACAAAGUACGUGAAAUCGCAAAACAAUUUUUUGCACUUCCUGUUGAGGAAAAACAGAAGUAUGCUCGAGCUCCGAAUGAAUCUGAAGGAUAUGGAAAUGAUAGGGUAGUUUCAGAGAAUCAAGUUCUUGAUUGGUCUUAUCGCUUGACUCUUCGAGUUUUUCCAAAAGAAAAACGAAGACUUGCUCUCUGGCCAGAAAAUCCUAGUGAUUUCAGUGAGACAUUAGAAGAGUUUUCUACUAAAGUUAAGUCAAUGAUGGAUUAUCUCUUGAAAAGUAUGGCAAGGUCACUAAAUUUGGAAGAAGGUAGUUUCUUGGACCAGUUUGGGAAGCAAUCAUUACUACAAGCUAGGGUGAACUUCUAUCCACGUUGUUCUAGACCUGAUUUGGUUCUUGGUGUCAAACCUCACACUGAUAGAUCAGGAAUCACAACUCUAUUACAAGACAAAGAAGUGGAAGGUCUUCAAGUUUUGAUAGAUCACAAAUGGGUCAAUGUUCCCACAAUACCUGAUGCUCUUGUUGUCAAUCUUGGUGACCAAAUGCAGAUCAUGAGUAAUGGAAUAUUCAAGAGUCCAAUGCACAGAGUUGUGACAAAUACAAAAAAGUUGAGGAUGUCUGUUGCAAUAUUUAAUGAGCCAGAACCAGAGAAUGAAAUUGGACCUGUUGAAGGCUUAAUAAACGAGACACGUCCAAGAUUGUAUAGAAAUGUGAAUAAUUAUGGUGAUAUCAACUAUAGAUGCUAUCAAGAGGGGAAAAUAGCACUUGAGACGGUCAAAAUUGCAGAUUAAUAUGAUCAUCAUAAGUCAGAGUGACACUAUUUUACAUUUAAAAUCUCAAUGAUUCAAUGUUCGGGUUAUCUGGUAAAAAACUAUGAAUGGUUGAGAGACAGAAACCUACCUGCACUCCUUUUAUUUUUGCUCAAGUUACCUGGUAACUAGAAUGUUGUGGCAAGUAUGAGUUAAGUCUCACAUUGCUUAGAAAAGUGGAGGUUGAACAAUUUAUAAGUGAGAAGACCCAUAAACCUAACACCUUAAGGUUUUGGGUUAAAGUAUGGUGUCCAACUCACUUGUGAGGUUGUUCUGAGCCCAAUGUGGAUGAUCCCUUGAUUGUCCCCUCGUGACCCAACAUAGAAUUCAAGCUCAUAAUCCAGACAGAAAAUCUCUAAUUAUUCUGAACAUAUUAAAGGUUACAGCUUAAUCUCGGCAGAAUUAGUUGUUUAAAGAAAAAGAAUGAUAGUAAUAGUCAUAGAUAAUAAAUUGCAAAACAACUUUAUAGGUGGGGUUGGUGAAACGUCGCGUCUGGACGGUUGUUUGUGAAGAGGGAGAGUAUACUUAGAGAUUAGAUACAUGAACCUUUAGCAUGAAAGCGAUAUAUAGGCCUCCGACGCGGAGCCACAACCAUCAAUGUAAGAACAAAUUUGACGACCACCACAUUAAUGGUUGUCGGAAUAGUUUGCCUAAAUGUCGUGAUUGGCUUUACUCGUUAGCAGAUGCAACUUGUAUUACUUUUUCUACAUAUUUCUAACUUCUUUUUUGGGGCGCUUAUUGAUCUACCUUUUUGAGAAUAUCUUAGAAAAAAAAAAGUAAAAGAUAAGAAAUUUAAUUAAAAAUUUAGGACUAAAUAAAAGUAAGAAACUAAAAUAAUUAAGAGUGGAAAUAGUAUUUUUAAAUUUUUUGUUGUCGAAGCUAAAACAUUUCAUUCAUUCAAAUAGUUAAAAUAGCCAAAGGUUAUACCAUGAAUAGAUCACUACCUACUAUUAGAGUAAAAAUCAGACUUGCUCCAUACUUAUACAUCUACUUGAUCACAGCAAACUUGACUUAAGAAUAAAUUAAGCAAAACCUGCAUGCUAAAACAAUACUACUACCAAAAGAAA